AUGCAGACUCAGCGCAGUGGGCGUUGAAUCGACGGUUUCUCGGAGUUCAUACAUGACUUCCCGAUUAUCCGCACCCAAGUUGGGCUACUUGAAUUUGUGAUAUUUACCCGCCGCAGCGAGCCUACAGCGAUGACCGAAAGCUCCGCGAACAAACUGCUCAACGGAGACGUCUGUCGCCGCACAUCGAGUGGCCAAAAAGCGAGCAAAAAUGGCUUCGUGAAGAACCACUGCCUGUUUCAACAGCCGCAGAAGUAUCGUCGCCCCGGGGAGAAGAACCAACAUGGCACACACAACAACUCAAGCCUGUACAAGAGGCCCUUUGUGGAGUCAUUUGAGCAGACUCCUCUACUGGUGGCCGUGCUUACCUACGUGGGCUACGGCAUCCUCACCAUCUUCGGCUAUCUCCGCGACUUCCUCCGCCACUGGAACAUUGGAAAGUGCAGCAUGGCCCGCGAGCGAGAGGAGCAGAAGGAUUUUGUCCCGCUGUAUCAAGACUUUGAGAACUUUUACACCAGGAACCUAUACAUGCGCAUCCGAGACAACUGGAACCGUCCCAUCUGUAGUGUCCCUGGGGCGAAGAUGGACCUGGUGGAGCGGGUUUCCCCUGACUACAACUGGACCUUUCAGCACACGGGCAAAGUGGUGAAGGACGUCAUCAACAUGGGCUCGUACAAUUAUCUGGGCUUUGCAGAGAACACUGGCCCUUGUGCUGACGCUGCUGUUGAGGUCACACACAAGUACGGUGUGGGAGUGGGCAGCACUCGCUGUGAAUUGGGGAACCUGGACAUCCAUGAAGAGAUGGAGCAGUUGAUAGCCAGGUUCCUUGGUGUGGAGUCCGCUAUGGCUUUUGGCAUGGGCUUCGCUACUAAUUCCAUGAACAUUCCUGCUCUUACCGGAAAGGGGUGUCUUAUCUUAAGUGACGAGCUGAAUCAUGCAUCGCUGGUGCUGGGGGCCCGUCUUUCUGGCUCAACAAUUCGAGUCUUCAAGCAUAACAACAUGCAAAGCCUAGAAAAACUCCUGCGAGACGCCAUCGUACAUGGGCAGCCAAGGACCCAUCGGCCCUGGAGAAAAAUUCUCAUUAUUGUGGAGGGCAUUUACAGCAUGGAAGGUUCGAUUGUGCGUCUGCCAGAGGUGAUUGCCCUGAAGAAGCGCUACAAGGCGUACGUGUACCUGGAUGAGGCACACAGUAUCGGGGCUUUGGGGCCUCACGGCAAAGGAGUGGUGGACUACUUUGGCCUCGAUCCCACAGAUGUGGACAUCAUGAUGGGAACGUUCACCAAGAGCUUUGGCAGUGCCGGGGGUUACAUUGGAGGCAAAAAGGAGCUGAUCGAUUAUCUGCGGCAGCACUCCCACAGCGCCCUGUACGCCACCUCGAUGCCUCCUCCUGUGGCCCAGCAAAUCAUCACCUCAAUGAAGAUCAUCAUGGGAGAGGAUGGGACCACAAUGGGUGCAGACCGCCUCCGACAGCUGUCAGAGAACACCACCUACUUCCGCAGGAAACUUCGCGAAAUGGGCGUCAUCAUCUAUGGCAACAAGGACUCACCGGUCGUACCUGUGAUGCUCUACAUGCCUGCUAAAAUUGGGGCGUUUGGUCGAGAGAUGUUGAGGCGAAACAUCGGCACAGUCGUCGUUGGCUUCCCGGCAACUCCCAUCAUCGAAUCGCGAGCACGUUUCUGCAUUUCAGCUGCUCACACCCGGGAAAUGCUCGACACAGUAUUAGAGGCCAUGAAUGAAGUGGGCGACCUUCUGCAGCUUAAGUACUCCAGACAGUCUCCUCCCUCCAUCAGGUGGACAUCUGAGGAAAGCCAACUUCAGGACUGAGCCACAUUGUCCGCCGUUGAGUCUCAAUGUCCAGUCGCCUCCCGCCCCCCAAAUCCAUCCGCAUACUGUUAGUAACAGACCACACCACUCCUCCGUACCUCUUUACAUCACACUUCAAACCUCAGUGGUCUCACCAUCUUCAGAGGCUUGAAACAUUUUGGGGAAUCUACCUGCUCACCGAUAGGAGGUGAAGACCAACAUGCGUCCUUUUGUGCCUGUAUUUUUACGUUUAGACCCUUUCUUUUCCUACCAGACAUGAGCUUUUUAUUCCUGUGAGCACAUUGACUGUACAUGUUAUCCGUGCAAUAGUAGCAGCAUAUCGUAAUGUAAAAAUCAAAAAAAGAAUCCAAAUCUAGAGCCAAGUAUGCCAUGAGACAUUAGUUGUGCACUUAAACAAAAAAAAAAAAGUCAAAACAUGAUGUAUGUAAAUAAGAUUUUUCACAGAUGGCACCGACAGGAGUAACAUAAGCAUGUUCUCCGUAUAUAUUUAUCACACGGAUACCCUACCCUCACUCAGAAAAUCACUUGUACUUGAACAGUGUAGAAUAUCGCUACCCCUGACCAAAGCAAAUAUAUGUAUAGAUCUAUUUUCUACUUUUUCUCUUCAAUUGUAAAGUUCUGAAAGAUUACCAAGUUGUGGGGGCUAGGGGAGAAAGACUACAGGAUAUUUUUUACCGCUUCUUUUGUAGAGAUAUUUUGCAGCCUUAUUUACUGUUUACACCUGCUCUCAAACACUUGAGCCCUCCAUCGUCCUCGUUCCCGCGCUUCAGUUUUGUACAUUUGAACUGUAUGCAUGACGAUACCGCAUAUCCGAUAUACAGAUGUAUUUAUUAUUUAAAAAGUCCGUCUGUGUGCAUAAUGUAACUGUUAUCCGAACGGCAGCUUCGCACGCGUCCCGGUUGGACGCGCACAUUUUUAAUUAUUUGUUUCAUGUCUUGCUUCAGUGCUGACACUACUGACAGGCAUUGUAAAUGCACAGAUGAUGUAGUCACUGAAAUACGCAGUUCUGCUUUGUUUUUCCCCCAUACGCCACCAAAUGUGAUGUUUUUUUUAAUUUUAGGAUGGCAUUCCAAAUUGCUUUUGCUGCACUGUCAAAAAGUCAUUGUGAAACAUUCUGCUUGUCUUUGUGUGUGUUUUUUUUUUUUUUUUUUUUUUUUUUAAAUGUCCCAUUAAUUUAUUGAUAAGAAUUGGAGUUCACUAAAGCCAGUUAGCAGGCAGGCCUUCAUCUGCCAGUGUGAGCAUUCCUGUCACCAGUCAUCCAAGUCAUGUCACACAGGUGUAGACAUUAAUGCUACAGCAGUGCACCGUUUUUCAACUGGAAAUGUCUUACAUUGCAUAUCACUCGUUGUAAUAUCGUUAUUUGUCACCCGCUCGUGAUGCAUCACGUACCAAGAAUGUUACUGUAAUCUGCCGUUGCAGCUCAAACGUGAGCCAGGUUUCUCCUCAAAUGCACACAUGACAUUACUGAUAAACAUACACAACUGCGUCAUUACAAUGUUUUACACUUGAUCUCCAUGUUACACAUGCCAUUGUAUUUACGCUCACUUUUAAAGUAUUCUGAGCAGAUUGUAAAGCCAUUGGUGUACUGUAUGUGUUGCUCCAGCUGUUCUAAACAGAUUAAACCGCUUUCUUUGUAUCAACUUCUGGAAUAUGUUUUGUGUCGCUAAAAAAGCACAACGAUUGUUCAUUUUCAAGCACUUAUUACUCAAAUCGUCCAACAUUUUUCACUGCGAACAUUUUCACAAAGGGUGUUUUCACACACGGUCACUUUCAGACCUGAAGUGGACCAGAACAAGAUUGGGUCCUCUUUGAAAUGAACUUGUCAUACCAAAGCAGAAUAACUGGUUCACUUAAAUGUUUACAUGCAAACCCUCCAAACUUAGAACCAUCUGGAGCUGAUCUCUGUUUGAUUCACUUGCAAUGUGAACAAAGUGAUCCAAAAUGAGUUAUUUUAUUGGCUGAGGCCCAAUCAGACCUGGAAUACACUCGAUCUCAAUUUAAUUAAUUUAAUCUGUGCGUUGUAAACAGAAAAUGAACCCGACUGACUUUACCUGGAAUUGCUAUUGUAUUGAUUGAGACCGAAGCAGACCUGAAGUGAACCUGAUCUCAAUUUGAUUCACUGUAUUUGUGCAAUGUGAACAGAAAGUGAUCCAGGUUGACUUUACCUUGUGUUGCGAUUGUAUUAAUGAAGGCCUAAUUAGACCUCAAGUGAAUCAGAUCUCAAUUUGAUUGACUUAACCUGUGCAAUGUGAACAGAAAGUAAUCCAAAUUUCAUUUACCAUGUAUCGUUAAUAUAUUGAUUGAGGCCCAAUCAGACCUGAAUGAACCCGAUCCCAAUUGGAUUCACUUAAGAUGUGCAAUGUGAACAGAAAGUAAUCCAGAUUGACUUUACCCUAUAUUGCUAUUGCAUAAAGGCCCAAUCAGACCUGACGUGUACCUGAUCUCAAUUUGAUUCACUUAACCUGUGCAAUGGGAACAGAGGGUGAACUCCAAUGACUUUUACUGUGUAUGGAUAUUGUAUUAAGGCCUAAUCAGCUCUGAAGUGGACUGGAUCGCAAUUUGAUUCACUUAACCUGUGCAAUAUGAACAGAAAGUGAUUCCAUCUGACUUCACUUUGUAUUGCUUUUGUAUUGAGGCCCAACCAGACCUGAAUUGAACCAGAUCUCAAUUUGAUUCACCUAACCUGUGCAAUGUGAACAGAAAGUAAUCCAAAUUGAACUUACCAUGCGUUGUUAAAAUAUUGAUUGAGGCCCAAUCAGACCUGAAAUGAACCAGAUCUCGAUUUGAUUCACUUAACCUGUACAAUGUGAACAGUAAGUGAACCCCACUGACUUGACCUUAUAUUGUUAUUGUAUUGAGUCCUAAUCAG